AUAACAAACUUUAUAAUUACUUUAUUUUUACCUUUCAGAAUAUAAAUGUUUAAAAAACUAUUAGGUGGAGAUAAAAAAAAGGAUCCUUAAGGUCCAAAAGAAUAUAAAAAUAUAUGGGAAGAAAUACUGUAGGAUUAGUAUAAAAUAGAGCUGAAGGAUGUUUGGAAGCUUAAUUCUACUGAAUUAGGAGAAGCAGUAAAGAAGUAUGAAUCAUAUGGUGCUAAUUUGAAAAAAGAAUUAAAAAAGGCUGAAGAAGAUAGAGAUAUUUAUAAAACUAAGUUUACAGCGAUGAUUGAAGAAAGAAAUCGUUUAGCAGAUGAGAGAGAAGAACUCUAGCAAUAAUUAUUAAGCAUUUAGUAGCUUUUAAAUAAAGAACUAACUAAUUCAAUGAAGUUAUAAUAGGAGAUAGAUCUUUGUCAUAAUUAAAUUGUGAGCUUUAAAAAUAAAAUUAAGGAUUUGGAAUAGGCUAGUCAUACUUAAGAAAAUGAAAAAGAAGUGCUUGUUAGCUUAGCUGGUGAAUAACUUGAUUCUAGCUUGGUAAAUGAACUAAAUGAUGCAUUAAAAAGAGGUGACAAUGAUCAAGAAGAAGGAAAAAAAUAAAAUAACUAAAUUGUUAAAGUAACCAAAAUUAAUAUGAAUCCCGAUAGCGAGUUAAUGUUGUUUGUUUCUGAAGAAGAACUAUAAAAGCUAAGAGACAUGUAUGAGAAAACCAUUCUAUUAUUAAAUAAACAAAUUGAAUAGACUGAGAAAAGAGAUUAGAGGAGAUAAAAAACAGAAAAUCAUGAACAAAUUGAGGAAUUCUAAAUUAAGCUAGAUAAGCAUAAAAAGCUAUUUGAUGAAGAUUAAAUUAUUGUUUAUGCUAGUAAUCUUUCAUCUAAUAUUGAUGAAGAUCAAAUUACUUAGUUCUUUAAAGGAUUUUAAGUUGAAGAUGUAAAUUUACCACUAGACUAGAACGGGGGCAAUAAGGGUUAUGCUAUUAUUGAGUUUUCUAGAGAUAGUGAUUUAAUUUAGAUUUUAAAGAAAUCUGGUGAAAUUCUUAAUGGAAGAUAGGUUUUAUUAUAAAAGUAUUCUGAUGACUUAGUUAAAGAAGAAAAAUUGGAUGAAUAUGUAAAUGAAAUUCUAUUAAAUGAAGAUGAAGUUUAAUAGGAAAUAGAAGGUAGUAACAAAAAUAAAGAUAUUAUAGUAGUUAAGUAGCAUUCUAAUGAGGAUAACUUAGAUUAAUAAAAUAUUUAAAUUUAAGUUAACAAUGACAAUUCAAAAAAAGAAGCUUUAUUUAAAGAAGAUAAAGAAAUACUGAAGAAGAUAGGAGAUACAUGGGAAAAAAUGAAUGAUCUAUUAUCAAAAAUUAAAAGUCGUAUUGAAGAUUUUUAGAGAAAUAAAAAUGUUAUUGGCAAAUCAAGCAACAGCGAAGUUAAUGAGCUAUAAGAGCUUAUUAAAAAAUUAUAAUAAAAUUUAGAAUAAGAAAAAGCUGACAAGCAUAAAUUGUUAGAAUUAAGUGAAGAGCAUUCUUAAGAUUUGUCUAAGGUUACUUUAGAAAUGGCUUAAAUGUAAAAAAGCAUCAAUGAAGUAAAGGCACAAAAAGAAAAAGCAAUAUUAGAACUUAAUUAAAAGCACGAGUAAGAAAAUAAUUAAUUGAAAGAAUAGAAUUAAAAUGCCAUCAAUUAAAUUAAGGCUUAGUACGAAAAGACAAUAAGUGAGAUAAAUGAUAAAAACAGCAAAACUUUAAAGGAAUAACAAUAGCAAUUUUAAGAUCUUCAAAGCAAGCAAGAUAAAGCUUUAGCAUAGUAAAUAAGUUAAAGUGAAUAGUUAGUGUUAGAACAAAAGCAAAAAUAUGAAGCUAAACUUAAUGAGACAACAAAUAAUUACGAGCUAUAGAUAAGUGAGUUACUCAAACUUCAUGAAAAAAAUAUAUAAGAAAUCAAGCAGCAGUAAGAAACAUAGAUUUAAGAAGUGAUGUCUUCUAAUAACAGUGUAUAAGAACUAAAGUAAUCCUAAGAGAAAAUAAUAUCUGAUUUAUAAUAAUAGAUCGAAUAGCAAUUAUCUUAGCAUCAGUAAGAAAUUAGUAAUAUCAAAAAUAAUUACGAUUAAGAAAUUUCAUAGUUAAAAACAUAAUUUGAGAAUAAUGUACAAGAGCUUAAAGAGAAAUAGUAAUAAGAAAUAUAGAAUUUAAAAAGUGAGCAAGAAGUAAUAUUUAAAAACUCAUAAAAUCAACACUUAUAAGAGAUAGAAACUUUGACACAAAAAUUAAUUUCAGAAUCUAAAGAAUAAUAUGACCUUUAAAUUAAAGAUCUAGUAGAAAAAAAAGAAGCUCAGAUUUUGGAAAUGAACAAUAAAAUUAACUUAUAAAUAUAAGAGCAUGAGUAAAAAAGGGAAAAUGAUAUUAAAUAGCUUUAAGAGUAACACUUAAACGCACUUAACUAGAUGAAAAUCGAAUAUGAAUAAUAUAAAAUUUAAGAAACUUAACAUUUUGCAUAGUAAAUAGAGGAUUUGAAAAAAAAUAAUUAGUAGACUGUACAAGAAUUAGAACAAAAAAUAUAAUAAUUAAAAAAUGACCAGAGUUAGUAAAGCAGUGAGUAAUUUAACCAGCUAAAGGAUUAAUAUGAGAAAAAAAUGAACGAAAUGGUUUAGGAAAAACAAAUUGCUAUUUAACAAUUAUAGAAAGAAAUGGAAGAAAUUAAGGAAUAACACAUUAAUAAAAUUAAACAAAUGGAAAAUGAAUCAUAGUAAAAAAUAAAUGAAACUAUCUCCUCCCAUUAAGGAUAGAUUGCUGACAUUUAGAAAUAAAAUUAAUAAAAAAUAAAUUCUUUAAUAGAAGAAAAUGAUUAAAAAUUAUAAGAUGCAAAAUGUUAGUAUGAAAAAUAAUUGAAUGAACUUUCAAAAAAAUACGACUAACAAAUACAAAGUUUAAAUGUUUUGAAUUAAUAAAAGCACGAUUAAAUUUAGGAAGAAAAUGAAAAAAAUAUUUUAUCUAUUCAGCAAUCUAAAGAAAAAGAAAUAAAUGAAAUAAAGGAGUAAAAUGAAAAUACAUUAAAAGAAGUCAAAUUAUAGUGUGAAAAAAGUAUUUCUGAUAUAAAAGAAUAGUAUGAGAAAUCUCUAAUCGAUUUUAAAAAUCACAUUGACACAAAGACUUAAGAAGACAACUCUUAACAAUAAAAACUAUCAUCCAUAUCUGAAAAGCUGUAUGAAGAGGCUUCUGCUAAAUUAAAGGAUUGCAAUUAGCAAAUAUAAUUACUGAACGAAUAAAUCUAAAAGUAGUAAGAUGAAGCUAAAAAGUAGAUUUAAGAUUUAAAUUAACAAAAUACUUUAUUGCAAUAACAAAUUUCUUAAGAUGAAAAAUCAAAUAAAUAGAAGACAAAAGAAUAUUAAGAUUAAAUUGAAGAUUUAAAUCAAAAGUUGAAUAAGUAAGCUGAUGAAAUUAGUUAGUAGAUAGAAGAAAUAACAAAAUUAAACAAGAAACUUAAUGAAUAAAAAAUAUUAAGUGAGAAAUCCUUAGAGGAGUGUUAAAAUUAAAUUAAGAAUUUACAAGUUGAGAAUGAAAAUUUAUAAAAAAAAUAAGCUGAAUACUUGCAGUAGAUUUAGACACUUUAAUAAGAAUUAGAUGUUUAAAAGUAAAAAAUUGAUUAAAUCAGCAGCGAAUUGCAAAAGAGAGAAAGUGCCUUGCAAGUUCUAAAGUAAGAUUUAAAUGAAAAAACAUAAGAAAUUUAAGACAUUUAGAAUAAAAGCCAAGAAAAAAUUGCUUUGCUUUAAAAGGAUCUUGAAUUAAAAUAAAAUGAAUUUGAUACUUAUAUUGCUGAAUAAAAAUAAAAGAUUGAAAAUAUUUAGAAAGAAUAUGAAGGCUAAUAGAAUGAUUCAAUUAAAUAAAUGCAAGCAUAAAAUGAAGAAAUUAACAAUAUUAAAUAAACUCAUUAAUAAUAAAUAGAACAACAUUUAGUAUAAGUUGGUAAUCUGAACAAUGAGAUAAGCUAACUAAAUUAAUAAAAAUAAUAGCUAUUUGAAGAAUAUGAAUAAAAAUUAAAAUAAUUGUAGAAUCAAUUAGAAUAGGCUACUAAGGCCGAUAAAGAUUCUGCUGAAUAGUAUAAUAUUAAGAAUAAACAACUGGAAGAAUAAAUUUUGUAAUUAAAAUCAGAAUAAAGUCAAAACCAAAAGACACAUGAAGAUUAAAUUAAAGAUUUAAAAUAAAACUUGGAAACUUAAAAAAUUGAAUAUUAGUAAUAAAUAGAUUAAUCAUAAGUUAAAAUUUAAAAUUACAUUUAAGAAAUCGAAUAGAACUAGAAAUCAUAAUUGAAGUAGAAGGAAGAUUCUAAUAACAAGAUAUAAGAGCUUGUUAUUUAAAACUAAAAAUUAAAAGAAGAUUUAGAAAAGUAGUAAAAAGAAUCAUCAACUUAAAUAAAAGAAAUUACAACUAAAUUAUAACAAACUUAGCAAUAAUAUGAGCAGUACACUAAAGAAUCCCAAACAAAGCUUACUGAUUUAUAAAGCUAGCAAGAUAAAACAACUAAAUAAUUAUAAAAAAUUUAAGAGGAGUCUCAAUCUAAAAUUAAAGAUUUGAAUGAUUAAAUUGAUAAAUAAAAUAAAUUGAACAAUGAAAUGAAGAAUCAAAAUAAAACAGCUACUGAAGAAUUGAAAAAAAAGCUUGAAGAUAGCUCAAAAAAAUGGAGUGAUGAAAAGAAAUAAUUGGAAAAAGACUUAUAAAAUCUAAAGGAUGAAAAAUAAUAACUCAAAAGUUCUUUUGAUAAGUUAACAACAAUUUUAAAUUCAACAUAAGAAAAUUCGCAAAACGAAAACAAUAAGCUUAUAUAAAAAAUUACAUAAAUUGAAAAAGAGCUUGCAGAUGCUAAAGAUACUCUAAAAGAAUCAGAAGAGAGUAACUUUAUUAAACGUAAAGAGUUAGAGAAUAAGCUUAUUUAAGAAAGACUAAAGCAUGAAUAAACUAAAAAAGAUCUAUCUAAAUAAGAAGAGAAGUUUAAUGAAUGCAAAAAGGAUCUGCUUAAUAUGGCUGAAGCAUCUGAAAAAGAUAAAACUGCUAUCUAAGUAUUAACUACUAAAAGAAUUGCAGACAAAAAGAAACUAAAAGAAUAUAAAGAAAGAAUCAAUCACUUAAAUUAAUCAGUAAUUGAUUCUGAGAAUUAGCAUUUAAAAGAGGCAGAUUAAAAGGAUCAAGAAAUUGAGGAUUUGAAAAAAGAAAUCGGCAAAUUUAAGCAAUCCAACAUUCUUACAAAUGAGGAGGUUUAAAAAGUUUAAUAUGACAAAGAACUAAAAAUAUCAAAUCUCACCUUGAAAAUUUAAAAUAUUGAACAUGAAAACUCCUAACUUAAAAAUGAUAUUUCAGGAUCUUAGUCAAAAAUAAGAGAGCUGGAAGAUUAAUUAAAAGAAAGCCUUGAUGCUGUUUAAUAAUUAAAAGCAAAAAGAGAAAAUGCUUUGUAAGAAAUAAAAAAGCUUAGUAUUUAAAUUGAUGUAAUGAAGCAAUCCCAAUAAAAUCCAAAUAAAAUGAAUGAGAUUACUGAAUUACUGUAAAAAGCUGUUAACCAUCAAAAAUCAUAAGGUGAGGAAAUGCAAAUGAACACCAUGGAAAGCUAUGAACGUUAACGUAAUAAAUCUUUUGGAAGCAACUUUAGUAAAGGGAGCACUCCUUAGCAUAAUAGUAGUAAUCAAGGUAGCAGUCCAAAUAAUAAUUAUCAAUUUAACCACAGUGAGGUAUAAAUUGUUCACACAAGAAGAGAAAAACGAGCAUUAAAUAUGGUUAAAAAAGAUUUAGAAACAUUAUAUAAAGAAUACAUAAUGUUAGCAUUCAACAUUAAACUUCCAAAAGAUUCUGCAGAAAGUCAAAGCUUGAUUAACUUUGAAUAGAAGUUAAACAAAAUUAAUGAAAAAACUUAAGAUUUAAUUGACUACAUUGAUGACCAAGGUGAAAAAGAAAAAUUAAAUUAAUCACAAGCGAAGUGA